AUGGCGGCGGGGCGGCAGCGGCGGCGGAGCGGGCGGCGGGGCCAGGCGAGCUGCCCCCUGCCGAGCACGGGAGAGCACAUGCAGAUGCAGAGGAAGGAGAAGAUGCAAUGCUCAAACCAUGAUGCAACACACAGGCUUGUUCUCUCCGCUGAUGGGGAGCUGUCUGAACACUGGGCUGCAGCUUCAGCUGACUGCUCUGAGACAAGGCUGGUGAAAGAACUAGGAAACCGUGAUGUUGUUCAAAUUGCAUGUGGGGACCAGCACGCCAUGGCUCUAACCAGAGGAGGAGAACUCUUCACGUGGGGCCAGAACACCCAUGGACAGCUUGGAGUGGGGAGCCAAGCCACGCUCACCCCUCAGCCGCAGCUGGUGGAAAGACUAAAGGGCACCCCGCUCGCUCAGAUUGCUGCUGGAGGAGCUCACAGUGCUGCCGUGUCACUCUCUGGAGCUGUGUACUCCUGGGGGAAGAACCAUUCUGGGCAGCUGGGACUCGGAGACACACAAGAUAGAGACUGCCCAUCAUAUGUCAGAGCAUUAGAGCACUGGAAGGCUGUGUUUAUCUCAUGUGGGGCAGAUCAUACUGCAGCCCUCUCCAAGGAGGGGUUGGUGUGCACCUUUGGAGCAGGAGGGGCUGGCCAGCUUGGUCAUAACUCCACUCGUAAUGAACUCACGCCUCGUGUGGUGGCUGAGCUGUGGGGAGCAAGAGUUUCGCAGGUUGCCUGUGGCAGACAGCACACCCUGGUCUAUGUCCCCUCCUUGGACAAAAUCUAUUCAUUUGGUUCUGGUGAAGGACAGCUGGAAGAUGAGGUAGAGCCUAACCAGUUGAUACCACUUCCUAUCAAGAUACCAGUGAAUACUGGAAAAUCCUGCCAGGAAAACAGCACAUCACAAAAGGUGAUUGAAGUUACUGCAGGAGGAAACCAAAGUAUUGGCCUUUACAAGGAGGACCAGAAUUCCCAUUUGGAUGGAAUUGCCACUCUGAAGGAUAAAGAAGUGGAUGAAUGGAUUUCUAAUUCCAGUUCACAACACUGGGAGAGUAUAAAACAGAAUAUCAGCGUGAUCUUUUCAUCUGAGGCUUGCAUUAAUGGAAGCUUCCUGGAGAAAAGAGACAAACACUUCAAAACUUCCAAAGAAGUCUCAGGUGUAGACAUGUCACAAGUGCAACUUUUUUAUGAGAAGAUCAGCAAGAAGCCAAACAUCUUCCAGGAGGUGAAAAAGGAGAUUGAGAAGUUACUGCCAUCAUUGUCUUCCUCUCCCGUCUCACCUGAAAAUUUCAGAGUCUACUUGAUCUUGCCUUUCCUUCUGCAGGGAGAGGAUGACAGCUCUUACCGUUCUCUCAGUCUUCUAGCACAAGCCAUCACAAAGCUCCAGACAAAGGACCUGCAAACUCUUGAAUGCCUGUGGUCAAAUCUAGAAACAUCAUUCUUAAAGAAGCUGGUCAUUCUAUAUCAGAGGGUUUCCCAGAAAAACCUAUCUUGGUUUAUGAUAGAACUCAUACACAUCCAAAGAGACCCCUUCACUCUGCACCCACAUGAAACAGUGACUCUGCAAAUACUGCAGAUUCUUUACCAGGUGAACUCCAGAACUGGCUUCAGAGUACAAGAAAACAACUUCUAUGUGCCUCAGGUGAAAUCGAUUAUCAUAGCGUAUUGGUCCUUUAAUACGAAAAGAAUGGCCCUAUGGAAGCUGACUGAAUAUCCAUGCGUCUUUGACAUGCAAGACAAGAUUGAUAUUCAUUUUACAGAACGCAAUGCUCUGUCCAGCAUCUUUACAGAGAAACACAUAAUAGAAAACUGCAAUGAAAAGUGGGUUUUUCCAGUCAGAAGACAAUGCCUUCUGCAAGACAUAUGGACCCAUUUAAAUAAUGCACCAACCCACCAAUUCAGGAAGAUCUUAGGGGUGUCGUUCCUCGACGAGGAGGGCGUGGACGGAGGCGGGCCGUCCCAGGAGCUCUUCAGCGUGGCCGUCAGGGCUCUCUGCCAGCCCGUCACCGCGGCCUUCCCCCGCGUCGCCUCUGGCCUCAUGUGGUUCCCCAGCCAGGCGUCGGGCUGUGAGGACGUGUUCUUCCGGAUCGGGACGCUGUGCGGGAUGGCCCUGCAUAACGGGUGCAUAGCGCCCUUCGCCUUCCCCCGGGCUAUCUACAAAAAGCUGCUGGGCCUGGAGCCCACCUUGGAGGACCUGGAGGAGCUGCUGCCAGAUGUGGGCCGGAGUCUUCAAGGAAUUUUGCAUGAAGAAUGUGACCAUGUCCUUGAAAGCCUGGACAUGAACUUCACGAUAAUGGAAGAAGGAGGUUCCUUGGGUACUGUUGAACUUAAAAAAAACGGUGCCAACAUCCCUGUCACUAGGGAUAACAGGAAAGAAUUUGUUGACUUGUAUGUGAGUUAUGUGUUAAAUGAAUCAAUACAGAAACCAUUUGAGGACUUCAUGCGAGGGUUUUUAAGAGGCUGCCCAGGUAGAAAGUGGAAGAUGUUUCUCCCUGCAGAGCUCCAGACUGUUCUCCAGGGACAUACAAAAUGUGACUGGCAUCUGCUGGAAAAGAGCGUGAUGUAUGGAUGGUAUACAAGUUUAGAUAAAACCAUCAGGAAUUUUUGGAUUGUGUUUCACAGACUCCCAGAAGAAAAAAAGAAAAUGUUUCUUGUUUUUUUGUCAGGAUCUGAUCGAAUCCCUGCAUAUGGACUGGAACAUUUUAACUUUUGUAUUGUAGAUCCUCAAGUAGAAAAUCCAGAUGAGCUCCUUCUUGGUGCCAAUACCUGCCAGCACAUUUUGUUCCUCCCCAGAUACAGCAAUAAAAGAAUACUCAAGAAGAAGUUGCUCUAUGCCAUAGAACAUAAUGAAAGUUUUGGUGUGUCCUAACUCCUGGUCAGGAGUGCUUUGAAGCAAAAAU